CUCCGCAGGCUGAACACCACCGUCGCGCCCCUCUUCUUCGCAGAGCAGUUCCUGCAGAUCUCCACCUCCUUGCCCUCCCCUUUCAUUUCUGGCCUCGGGGAGCACCUGACGCCGCUGGUCCUCGACACGGCGUGGACCAGGGUCACCCUCUGGAAUCGGGACAUGGCGCCCACGGCCUACCUCUACGUCUCCCACCCUUUCUACCUGGUGAUGGAGGACGGGUGUUUGGCUCACGGCGUCUUUCUGCUGAACAGCAACGCGAUGGACGUGCUCCUGCAGCCCAGCCCGGCCCUGACCUGGCGCACGACUGGGGGGAUCCUGGACUUCUACAUCUUCCUGGGCCCCGACCCCAAGAGCGUGGUGCGGCACUCCUCCACCGAGAUCACCCGGCAGGUCGUGGCCAACAUGUCGGCAGCCCGCUUCCCCCUGGAUGUGCAGUGGAAUGACCUGGACUACAUGGAUGCCAAGAGGGAUUUCACCUUCAACAAGAAAAACUUUAAAGACUACCCGGAGAUGGUGCGAGAAUUCCACCGCCGCGGGGUGAGGUACAUCAUGAUCGUGGAUCCUGGGAUCAGCAGCUCGGGGCCUCCUGGCACCUACAAGCCCUACGACGAGGGACUGAAGCGAGGGGUGUUCAUCCGAAACGCCACAGGGCAGCCCCUGAUCGGGAAGGUCUGGCCAGGUCCAACGGCCUUCCCGGACUUCACCAACCCAGCGACUCACGAGUGGUGGCACGACAUGGUGAAGGACUUCCAUGACCAAGUGCCUUUUGAUGGCAUGUGGAUUGACAUGAAUGAGCCAUCGAACUUUGUGGAGGGCUCCCAGGACGGGUGCCCCAGCAACAACCUGGAGCAGCCCCCCUACGUGCCAGAGGUGCUGCUCUUUAACCUCUUUGGAGUGCCACUGGUGGGUGCUGACAUCUGUGGCUUUGCGGGCGACACGUCCGAGGAGCUGUGCGUGCGCUGGACCCAGCUGGGCGCCUUCUACCCCUUCAUGAGGAAUC